AUGGAAGCAGUUAAGGACAUCACAGAGACGGCGGCCGUGGACCUGGGGGACCUGCUAGACGCCGGGGACGACGCCGUGGUGAUACUCGAGGCAGGUGACACGCGGCUGUUGGCGCACAGGGCCGUCCUGGCGGACAGGAGCCCUGUGUUCGCCGCCAUGUUCGCCCACGACACCCUCGAGGCCAGCAGCGGCGCGGUGAGCAUCCCGGACGUGGGGGGCCCGGUGCUGAGGCAGCUGGUCUCCUACUUGUACACCCUGCGGGCCCCCCAGCUGCCCGGCGCGGCCCCCCAGCUGCUGGCCGCAGCGGAUAAGUACGGGGUGUCGCGGCUGAAGGCGGAGUGCGAGCGGCAGGUGGCCGCUCAGCUGACUGUCGAGACGGCGGCAGCCGCAGCCGUCCUCGCAGUCCGCCACUCCUGCAGUGACCUCAAGCACGCUGCACUGGCGUUCAUUAAGACCUGUCCGUUCGAGGUGAUGGCCACUCAGGGGUGGGCAGAUGCGAUGCUUCAUCAACCAAAAGACUUGAUCGAAGUGAGCCGGUUGCUGUAUGAUCCACCACCAAAAAGCAGGAGCCUCUCAGCAGAGGAGAGGGGCUGGAGGCUGGUCCAGGCGGCUGAGCGGGGGGCAGUGGGGCAGCUGAGGGCGCUGAUCGCCGCAGGGGCCGACGUGGGGGCGAGGGGCGGGUGGGGGCAGACCGCCCUGCACUGGGCAGCGUACAGGGGAGACGUCGAGGCGGUGUGGCUGCUGGUGGGGGCGGGGGCGGCGGUGGACGCCAGGGAUGGCGGUGGGUGUACGCCACUGCAUUACGCGGCAGCCAACGGCCACGCAGAAGUGGUGGCUGCACUGCUCGACGCGGGGGCCGACAGGGGGGCCACAACUGGUGAUGGGGAGACAGCGCUGGACAUCGCCAGGCAGUGGAACCACAGGCGGCUGGUGGAGAUGCUGUCAUGA